CACACACCCCUAGCAGAAGUCGCUGCAAGCGGGCAGAGGAGAGCGGAGUGCGUAACUACGCAACCACCAAUCAGCGUGCGGGCGUGGGCUGGGAACGUACACGGAAAGCAAAGAGGAACAUUUGUAUUCAGUCCGCGGGCUUGUGGGAGGAGACCGAGAGCAGGCCCUAGCCUAGUUCGUUUUUGCACAGACUGUGGUGAUUGCUGGCCGUGCCUCGCCCCCUGCAGCCCUCACAUCCAGACGGAGCAUAGAUCGGACAGCUGCUCCCUAAUACCAAAUGAGAACGAAGAGACAAAUUCAGCAAGCAAUCUACCAGUGUAGAAAUAACGAUGCCUCAGUCACUGUAGUAGUCUAAAGGUCUGAUGUACCAGUGUGACAGAAGAGGAGAACACUGUUGGUAGUUUUCAGAAAACAUUUACGCUUUAAUUCACUGUGCGCGGUGAAUCAAGGAUCCUGCGGGAGGAUAUCAACUGCUACAAGAAGCUGGACUAAGUGGCCGGUGUAUGCAUUCCUCUGCGUUCAAACGUCGGGUUCAUUCCAAGCAUCAACCAUUUGUUCAAAUGGAUAAUGGAGACUGGGGAUACAUGACUGCGGAUCCAGUCACGCUAAAUGUUGGGGGCCAUGUGUACACGACUUCUCUCUCCACACUGACUCGUUAUCCAGACUCCAUGUUAGGUGCCAUGUUUAGAGGUGAUUUCCCCACAGCCAGGGACUCCCAAGGCAAUUACUUUAUUGAUCGAGAUGGAUCCCUAUUUCGGUACAUCUUAAACUUCCUACGGACAUCAGAACUAACUGUGCCUGUAGAUUUCAAGGAGUUUGACCUGCUUAGGAGAGAGGCAGAUUUCUAUCAAAUUGAACCUUUAAUACAAUGUCUGAAUGACCCCAAGCCCUUGUACCCUACGGACACCUUUGAAGAAGUUGUGGAACUGUCUAGUACAAGGAAAUUAUCCAAAUAUUCCAACCCAGUUGCUGUAAUUAUAACCCAGCUCACUAUCACAACCAAGGUGCAUGCGUUAUUAGAAGGAAUCGCCAGCCAUUUCACCAAGUGGAAUAAGCACAUGAUGGACACAAGGGAUUGCCAAGUUUCCUUCACUUUUGGGCCCUGUGAUUACCACCAGGAAGUCUCUCUCAGAGUCCACCUCAUGGAAUACAUCACAAAGCAAGGCUUCACAAUCCGGAACACUCGUGUCCACCACAUGAGCGAGAGAGCCAAUGAGAACACAGUGGAACAUAAUUGGACUUUUUGCCGAUUAGCAAGAAAGACUGAUGACUGACCUAGUAUGUCUCAGCCUCCUCCGGUGUAGGAGUCAAUCAAUUCUGUGUCCUUUUAACUAUAUUACAUACUGUUGUGCACACCCUUAUUUAUUAACAGCCACGAAGACUGGAUAGUACAGCUAAUGUGACUCUUGAGUUGUUCUGCUAUCCAGCAUGCAUGCAUGAGUCCGCACUUGAAAGUUUGGUGUCCAGUAACAUUUCCCAUGCUUUACUGUACGCUUCCAAACCCUUAAUGCACACAUCACUCUCCUCAAUAUUGAUAUGUUAGCACUCAUGUACUUGAGGUUUGUGAGUUUGUAAUACAGGCAAUGAUUAUUGCUAGAACGUCAUAAAUUAACUGGAGAUGAGCUUCAGUUUUCGGACCAUUCUGAAUCAUGAUCAACGAUACUAGUAAUCAGCUACUGACCUUGUAUAUUUGUAAUGUAUUUUUAACUAUGCUACAGUAGUGAUCAAAUCUUGGGUUAGGACAGUCAGAUGAAGAGCCUUGAUUUUUCUGUUUGUUAUGAUGUAUGGUAGGCUGGGUGCUGAGUACAAAUGUGAUAGUAUACAUCUACUGUUACUUCAGAUUAUGCUGGCCCCACAUCAAGUAAUGUCAAUGGAGAUAUUACCAAAUUUAAUGGUACACCAGAAAAUAGAUCAAAAUGAAUCAGAUAAUGGAGCGUAACCGUACAUCAGGACAGCAGAUGGCCUCUAACUACCUGUCUGCAGCACACAAUAGAUGGAACUGUCCAAUUCAGCCACCCAUCUUUGUGUCCGAACUGGUAACUGGUCCUGUUUGGACUGAUUUGACAGUGCAGGGCUGUGUCUGGCAGCUGAAAGUGAAUGUCAGAUUGGGUGCUAUAGGCUACUGCACGUUGUUGUGUAAAUAGCCACAUCACAAUAUUACAAGCAUAUGUUGUGUAAAUAACCACAUCACAUAUUACAAGCAUAUUCAGAUGUUCUGAGAAAUGUUCUGAGUCAGCUUUUCUUGCUAAUAUUCCGAAGAUUUCAGUGCUGUGUCCUGCAGCCGUCCUACUGUUCAUAACAUCUCCCAUUGUUUGUGAUAUCAGUGUCUAUUCCAACAUCCAUAUUGUUUACACUCUCAUUAUAUGACCUUGAUUAGGAAUGUCAACAUUUUAGGAGUAGUUCCAUAAAACCUGACAUCAUUUUUACAAACGUUUACUUUUGCUAUGGUGUUUACAGUGACAUUUUGUAUAGCCAAUAAAUGCUCCAUUGUCCUUUUUUUUUUUUUUUUUU